AUCAGUAUCUUAAAGUAGUCGGCGCUGACAAAUUUCGGCACAUAUUUUUUGAUUGAAUCUUUUGAAGCUACAAUGCAAUUGCACUGUUAGACCAACUUGAAGUACAAACGAUACAAAACAAUGCAACUGGGCGCCAUGCUGCAUGUGUACAAAGGGGAGUGGGGGCUGCCGUCCAUAGAUUUUGAAUGCUUGCGUGCCUUGUGUUUGUUGCGCUUCACCCGUUGCCCCAUGGGCGUACAGACGAACACAAACCCCUUGCGAUCUGGCGCCGGAAAGCUACCGUACCUACAGAUUGGCAAUGAGAAGUUCGUUGGAUAUAGGCAAAUAAAACGAGUGCUGGAUGUUGAGGGUUACCCGAUUGAUGCGCAUUUAAACACAAAACAAAAAUUUCUUUCCGCAUCGUACGCCAAUUGGGUUUUCACAAAUCUGCAUGCCUAUUACCAUUACUUUGUGUUCGGCGAAGCCAACAAUUAUGAUACCACAACCCGAGGUCUCUAUGCCAAACGCACGCCAUUCCCCUUCAACUUCUACUACCCCUCUACGUAUCAACGUGAGGCAUGUGAUGUGUUGCAGGUCCUCGGUGGUUUUGAUAUCAACGACAAGGUGGAAAACCACGAAGCAGACUUUCUUACCAGCAACGCUAAAAAAUGCGUAAACCUACUCUCCCGGAAAUUGGGGCGUAAAGUCUGGUUCUUUGGCGAUUCCUAUAGUGAAUUCGAUGCUAUUGUCUACAGCUAUCUUGCAUUAAUCUUCAAAAUAACACUGCCAAACAAUCCGCUGCAGAAUCAUAUAAAAGGCUGUCAGAAUCUGGUGAAUUUCAUCAAUCGCAUUACAAAGGACAUUUUCCGGAAUGAAGGUUACAGUUCCACAAAGCUGGCGAAGUCUACGGAUAGCUCAGAUGCGGCACUGACACCAUCUGAGCGCAAAUUUCUGGAAUCCGAGUUGAAUACCAAAGUCGCGGCUGGCAUUGGAGCCAUGCUGGCCAUGGGUGCUUUUGCUGCAUGGCGUGGCAUUUGCAAUCAGUUAACAACGCGUUCAUCUACGGAUUACGAUGGCAUUGACUAUGAGGAUGAUGAAAUUGAAGACGGCAUGGAAUAGUUUAUAUAAAUAUAUAUUUUAGAUGUAUAUUUUUAAAAGUUUAAAACCAGACGACGCCCAUCUUUACAAACACUGUCAUAAAUGUCCAGAAGAGCUCAGCGAUUCAGGUACAUCAAUACAUCCAUAUUAAUACAAAUAUUGUUUAAAUGAAUCGACUUGAGCCCCUUUCAUUAGCUAUUGAACAUUAAAUUUAUGUAUCAGUUACAUAGAACCCAA